AUGGACAAGAUACCACUCAACUACGAAGCCUCUGAAGGCGACACGCACAAGCAGAUCACGGCUAGCGUUCCGAAUGAGGUUGUUCAAUGCCUCGAGAAUGCCCGCUUUCUUCAUCUCGCUACAUGUAGCGACAAUGUUCCUCACGUCUCUCUCAUGAACUACACGUACCUCCCGUCGACGCCCUAUACGUCCGCUCCUGUCAUUGUGAUGACCACCAACCCGUCCUCCCGCAAGACUACAUCGAUCCGCGCGAACCCGGUUGUUUCUCUCCUAGUGCACGACUGGGUAUCUCACCGCAAUCCGACACACACGCGGCGCGCGUCCGGCGGUUCGCCCGUCCCAGAGCCCCCGUCCUCAUUAGCGUCGCUCCUCUUGAAUCUUAAUACCUCCCAGUUGUCAAGCAUUAGCGCGACUAUAGGAGGUGCCGCACGGAUUGCGGCACCGGGAUCUGAGGAGGAAAAAUAUUUUGUUGAUCAGCACUUGGAGAACCACACCUACGAGGAGGGCGUCCAGCUGUUCCGUCAGGAUACCAACGUCGAGCGCCAGGAGCAGCGGACGGCGCAGUUUGUCGCGGGUGCGGAAGUCAGCGUGAUUGUGGUUGAAAUCAAGGAUGUCCGGAUCAGCGACUGGAAGGGCACUGUGAGGGACUGGGCAUUGCAGCCCGACGCGACAAUGGUGAAUGGGCAUUGA